ACACUACCCAUAUACCACGUCACGUCUUUGAAAUUCACGUCAGCCCAAGACGAGUCACGCAUGACACUUGGACAUUACCAUUUCAAAUUUACAGUGCGACGUGCAGAUACAGCUAGCUAUAUGCAACAAAAAACAACUAGCAAACUGUCAUUUCAGACUGUCGUUUACGUAGUGCAUCCGAUAACCAUGGAAAUGUUUUUAAAAAGCUGUCGCAAUGUGCUGAAGGUAGGAACAUCGACUGUUUCUGGUGGUCGCUUCAUCCAUUUUCAUUUUUUUGUUUGUCUUAACGGCUAGCUAGUUAUGUAGUCGUCUUCUAAACACCUUCGACGUGUACAUUUGAUGGACAAAUUCAAUUAGUGGGGUUUUCAGAGAAAGCCAGCAAGACAUUACAUUCCGACUAGACGAGGGCAAUGUGACAGCACGGUCACGGUGUUGGUUGUGGGCUCGUGCAUGAGCAUAAAAGUUAUUCUCAGCCAGUUAUUGUGACGAUCAGUCAGUGAUAUAGCUAGCUAGUACUGCGUAACUAGCUGUUGGUUUCAAAUGAGUUCAGACUGAGACAGUUGUCACCGUACACUAGCUACAUUUGAACUGUACAGAACAUAAACUGUCAUUACAGCUAGCUAGUUGGCUAGCCAAGCUAAUUAGCGUUGUCACGUAAUCACAUAAUUGGCUGAAAUGUAACUCAUCCACUGCUUCAUUUUGUUGCAUGAUUAUAAAUUAAAUUGCAUUAAUAUAUUUCAGUGAUAUUCAAACAAAUAGAAUUGUUCAAUUGCAAUGGACCAUGAAAGUACGUUUGUUGUAGCGGCUGUAGGGUCAGGUGCCUGUCAGGUGUCAAUAUGCCCACGUGCAUUUUUUGCUUUACGUGUCCUGCAGGUCUGACACACUUACAUUACGGCUCAAUUUUCUAAAAUGUUCAGGGUCUUGAUACCAUGCUCUUAACCUUAAGGAAAAUAGGGCUUGUUUUGAACCCAAACAGUGCUAUCAAGAUUAGUGAGAUCAGGUGGUGUUUAUAGCGCCUCAGAGCAUCACACCUUAUUUACUUAGUGUUCAGUGAGGGGGAAGAGAAGUCUGGAGUGGAAAUACACAAACAUGCUGUCAGCACCAGCACACACAGAGGGCUUUUAGUGCAGAUGUACCAUCCAGUGUGUCUACAUGGGGAUGGGGUAGGGUGGGUUGAGAGAUAAGACUGAUGGGAUGGGAAAGACGGGUACGGUGCAUCUCAAUAGUUAACAGUGGCUUCCUCUCCUUCUGCAUCAAUCUGAAAACAUCAUGGAUAGAUGAGACUGGGUUAUAUCGUGGAUAGAUGAGAUUUAUGUCAUGGAUAGAUGAGAUAUAUCAUGGAUAGAUGAGAUAUAUCGUGGAUAGAUGAGAUAUAUCAUGGAUAGAUGAGACGGGGUUAUAUCAUGGAUAGAUGAGACUGGGUUAUGUCAUGGAUAGAUGAGAUAUAUCAUGGAUAGAUGAGACGGGGUUAUAUCAUGGAUAGAUGAGACUGGGUUAUGUCAUGGAUAGAUGAGAUAUAUCGUGGAUAGAUGAGAUAUAUCGUGGAUAGAUGAGACUGGGUUAUGUCAUGGAUAGAUAAGAUAUAUCAUGGAUAGAUGAGACUGGGUUAUAUCGUGGAUAGAUGAGACUGGGUUAUGUCAUGGAUAGAUGAGAUAUAUCGUGGAUAGAUGAGACUGGGUUAUAUCGUGGAUAGAUGAGACUGGGUUAUGUCAUGGAUAGAUGAGAUAUAUCGUGGAUAGAUGAGAUAUAUCGUGGAUAGAUGAGACUGGGUUAUGUCAUGGAUAGAUAAGAUAUAUCGUGGAUAGAUGAGAUAUAUCGUGGAUAGAUGAGACUGGGUUAUGUCAUGGAUAGAUUAGAUAUAUCGUGGAUAGAUGAGAUAUAUCGUGGAUAGAUGAGACUGGGUUAUGUCAUGGAUAGAUGAGAUAUAUCGUGGAUAGAUGAGACGGGGUUAUAUCGUGGAUAGAUGAGAUAUAUCGUGGAUAGAUGAGACUGGGUUAUGUCAUGGAUAGAUGAGAUAUAUCGUGGAUAGAUGAGACUGGGUUAUAUCGUGGAUAGAUGAGACUGGGUUAUGUCAUGGAUGCUCCCUGAGAAUGUUCUUUCACCUGUCUAGUUACUUCCGUGCAGUGCUCUGUUUACUCUUGAUCUGCAACAGUUGGCUGACAUCCAACUAUUAUCCCUUCGCUAUCCCUUCAUACUGUGUGCUCGGAGGGGACAGGAAGCAGCAUGUUAAUAAUCCCCUCACUGACUGGGAACAUUUUACAUUUUAGCAGACGCUCUUAUCCAGAGCGACUUAUAGGACCAAUUAGGGUUCAGUGCCUUGCACAGGGAUUUGAACCAGCGACCUUUCGGUUACUGGCCCAACGGUCUUAACCGCUAGGCUAUCUGCUGCUAGGCUCCAGGCUGUAGACCAGCUAAUUGUCACAUGACCGGCUUUUGUUAUGGCAACAAGCUGUCUCUGUUAGCCCCUAGCUGUGGCACCCAUGACUUGUGCCGCUGUCACAGAUGGUCACAGAUGGCCAUGCUCUGGGAAAAUGAAACACCCUACUUGUUUUUUCAGCUCCACAUUUGUAAAACAUUCAACAAAAACAUGUAGUGGAGUUAGCAGGCCGUCAUGUAGCUUAGCCAUUACAUCACAGUCUGCUCUACUGAGGUCAUUGACGGAAUUAGCCUAAGGCUAUUUGACAAGGAGCUAGCCAGAGCCUUCAGGCAGGGGAAAUGAAGUCAGCCCUUAGCUCAUCCACUUUAGGCUACGCUGGGAUCUGCCAUUGACCCUUCAGAAGAAGGCUAUUCAAACAGGGUCCAGGGUUUUACUCUAGGAUGGGGGACAUUGUGCAGAACCAGGAGUACCUCAUCUCCAGUGAUCAGCAUCAUUGUGACGUGCAUUGACAUUACAACACACACACAGCCAGGAUCCCUGUCCACAUAGCACUGUCCACUCAGUAAGACACAUCUGAUUGCCUUUGAAGGCCCAAUACAAGAGUAAUGGAUAGACUGCCCUGUAUUUUCUCAUAGUAAAUCCCCUCAUAGGAGUUGGAUACUCUUCUGACUGUAUCCAUCCCACUCUACACUCCUCAGGGGAAUGCAGAGGGCAGCCCAGAGUUCCAUGUGGUCCUGGGGAACGAGGCCUGCGACCUGGACUCCAUGGUGUCGGCUCUGGCCUACGCAUACUUCCUGUCCAAGGUGAGAGUAACCCACCCCAUCAUUUGGGCCCCGACCCAUGUGUUGAAAAUGGUUCAACAGAGCAAGCAUCAGGUGUUAUUACACCUCUCUCCCCUCCCAGACACUUGAUUCUGGGAAAAUUCCUCUUCCCGUUCUGAACAUUCCCCGGCAAGAGUUCCCGUUGCGCACGGACAAUGCCUUCCUGCUGAGAGAGAGUGGCCUCUCCCAGGAUGACCUGGUGUUCCGGGACGAGGUGGACCUGGGGAGUCUACACCGGGCCGGCCGGCUGGACCUCACACUGGUGGACCACAACGUGCUGCCCAGGUCAGUGUCAACCAUGACACCUUAACCCCUGUCCACUGACAGUCAUCCAGGACGUAAACACUUCCCCAUGUGAUCAUCACCUGUAUCUCUACAAAAGCUACACUGACCUAGAGACUCAUUGAAAUAGCUUGACUAAAGUCCCUGACUGACUGUGUGCCUCUCUGUUGCAGCUCUGACCGUGAUCUAGAGGAGGCGGUGGUGGAGGUGAUCGACCAUCACCUCCUGGAGAGGAAGCCCUCUCCCUCCUGUUCCGUUACCAUGGAGACGGUGGGCUCCUGCACCACCCUGGUGACAGAACGGAUCAUCCAGAAAGCCCCUGAAGUCCUCGACCAACAGGUGGCCCAGCUCUUAUAUGGUAACCAGAAUUAUAACUGAUGUAUGUGGGAAAUCAUGUCUGUUAGUAUUGUACUGUGUGAAGAGACUGAGACAUCCUGUUCUUUGUGAUGAUCGCAGGCACCAUAGUGUUAGACUGUGUGAACAUGGCCCCAGAGGCAGGGAAAGUCACCCCUAAAGACAGCCAGUACGCAGUCCUCCUGGAGACGCGCUUCCCCAACCUGCCACCAAGGGGCGUCCUCUUCCAGUCCUUGCAGAAUGCUAAAUUUGACGUGUCAGGUAAACGCCCCCAGGAUUAAUACCUAAAGCUCAGCCUUGUAGAUGUGAUUUUUGCCUAUCAGAUUGGAAUGAUAAUCAUCCCAUGAUAUCAAUGCAAUGCUCGUAUUCCCUUGUCCCCAGGUCUCACCACAGAACAGAUGCUACUGAAAGACAUGAAGGUGGCAUCGGAGAGAGAUUUGAAACUGGCAGUCAGUGUGAUAUAUAUGACACUGGAGGUGGGUGUGCAUCUUAACUAUUGAAUAUGUGAUACAACAGAAGGUUAUAUCUACUACUGGUGGAUAAUAACAUGGUUCAAAUACUUGUUAUCUUGUACAAACCCCAGUUCUGCUGCAGUAUGCCAUCUCACAAUGCACAUAUUUCACCUAUGAAUUCUUUGCAGAAUCUCACUUCUGAUCUAAACUGAACACAGGCCUCAAGUUAUCAGAGCCUUUCCCUGUGUUACUGCCAGACACACCCUUCAGACUCUUCCCUGUGUUACUGCCAGACACACCCUUUAGACUCUUCCCUGUGUUACUGCCAGACACACCUUUAGACUCUUCCCUGUGUUACUGCCAGACACACCCUUCAGACUCUUCCCUGUGUUACUGCCAGACACACCUUCAGACUCUUCCCUUGUUACUGCCAGACACACCCUUCAGACUGCUUCCUGUGUUACUGCCAGACACACCUUUAGACUCUUCCCUGUGUUACUGCCAGACACACCCUUCAGACACUUCCCUUUGUUACUCCCAGACACACCCUUCAGACACUUCCCUGUGUUACUGCCAGACACACCCUUCAGACUCUUCCUUUUGGACUUACUCUUCCGACCAGACACCCCUUCAGACUCUUCCCUGUGUUACUGCCAGACACACCUUCAGACUCUUCCCUGUGUUACUGCCAGACACACCCUUCAGACUCUUCCCUGUGUUACUGCCACGCCACUUAGACUCUCAACGUGUGGUGUUGCACCUAGUCAUUCAGAUCAUCAUACCACUGUCCAAUCCAUUUAGACUCUCCCCAUGUAAUGCAGCACAGUUUUUCCUGUCUAUCCCGAACUUAUAAUCGGGACUGCAACACACUUAGAUUUCCCUUGAGUUUUACUGCAGAUUCACAAACCAACGAUUACUUAUGUUUAUCCGCCUCACUCCCUUUGUUACUCAGACAACCCUUCAGAAGCUUCUGUAGUUCUGCCAAAACACCAGCUCACCCUGGUGUUGGCCACUUCGAUCUCAUUCUGUGAUAACCAAGACACCCUUCAGACUCUUCAGGUCUACUGCCAGAACACCCUUCAGGAAUCGGUAGAACUGCCAACCACCCAUUUAGACACUGUCCCUUGAUACUAGACUACACGUUAAAGAAGUAAUCUUGUGUUGAUAGAACGCCUUGAUCGUCAUUUUGUUUAUUCUGCCAGCAAUUUGACUUGUCACCUGUGGUAUUUUGCCGCAGAUGACCUUCCUUUGGACAAGCCCGAACCCCAGAUCUCCUUGUACCCAGACACCCUUUCAGACCUCACUCAGACACUCAAAACGUGAAGGUGAUAUGUUGCACCUAGUUCAUGAAGAUCACUCAUACCACAUGUCCAAUCAGGUGGAACCACCCACAAGUAAAAAGGCGCAGGGUUUGUGUCUGUCUGAUCAUGUGAACUUAAUAAAGGGACUUAACAGGUGCACUUGAGUUUAUACUGAGAUUCACAAACAAACUGUAAUAUCUAUAAAUGUUGUCCCUCAGGCUUUUCUACAGAGACAAAGCUUACAGCAAGAGCUCUGUGAGUUCUGCCACAAACACAGCUACAACCUGGUGGUGGCCAUGACGAUCUCCUUCAAUGAUAACAAGGAGCCCUUCAGGCAGCUGGCAGUCUACAGUUCCAGCACCCUCUACAGGGAAGAGGUAGGAACUACACCAUCCCAAUCAGACAUGAUCCCAUAGAGUUGACUAUCUAGAGUUAAAGUAAUUAUGAAGUGUUGAUAGUAAGCUUUGGAUUGCCAGGUUGUUGUUUAUUUUACAAUGUCUAUUUUAUAUGAUCAACUGAAUGGUAUUUUUUGUCCUGCAGAUGAGCCAAGCCUUGGAGCAAGCCCGGAACCCCAGUCUGAUCCUGAGUCCAAUGAGCAGCCCUUACUCGGACAUCAAGGCUUAUCUCCAAGGCAACACGUUGGCCUCCAGGAAGAAGGUGCUGCCCAUCAUCAAGGACUUCCUGAGGGACAGGGAGCGAAGCGCGGUGCAUUGUGGGAACCUGGAGGAGAGCUACGAGUCACCACGGCAACGGGCAUGCACUGAGGACGCUGGGAUAGAGGAGGACUCUCACUUCCCCCCCACCCCUAUGAACAGUCUGGUUGAGGGCUGUCCCCUUGACAACGGGCUGCCCAGGAUCAGCGCUGAAGCUCUGACGGAGAAGUUCAGCAACAUGGCCAGCCAAGAGGAGAACGCAGGGGGACACUGA